CGCAUUUGUUUGUUGACGUUUCACGUCUCGUCUGGAGUUUACUAGAAAUCGUGGUAUUUUCGUUCUGGUUUUGUUAUUUUAUUAGCGAUUCUUGACAAAAAUGUCUAACUACCCAGAUUUAGUGAAUAAAUUCGGAAAGGAGACGGCUCGGGCUGCUUGUAAAAAGUGUGGUUAUGCGGGGCAUCUUACGUUUCAAUGUAGAAACUUUAUAAAGGUGGAUCCCAAUAAAGAAAUAGUGCUGGAUGUAAGCAGUACGAGCAGUGACUCUGAGGAGGAGUAUGCCACGCCUCUCCAGCGCCUCCGAGAAGCAGAAUUAAGGCAGAAGCUACAAGAGAAGCUGCAGAAAGCCAAAGAGAAGAAGAAAAGCAAAAGUAAAAAAAGAAAGAGAUCUAGGUCAUCAAGCACAUCAUCUACAACUAGUUCUUCUUCAUCAUCAUCAACAUCUAGCAGCGAAUCAGAUAGAGAAAGCAGGAAGAGGAAACACAAGAAGAAGUCUAAGAAGUCGCACUCAAAGAGGUCUCAUAGUGACAAGAAAAAGAGUAGAAAAUGACAUUUGUUGUUACCUUUUAGGUUGUAGUAUUAUGAUUGAUUAAAAAUAUUUACUGUACAAAUAUCUUAGACUACCCUUAAUAUUGACAUAUUAUACUUUGUACAGUUUCUUUUGUCUGCUGCUAUCUUAAUUAGUAGAUUAAUAAAUUAUCUCUUUGUCCUAUUGUGAUUAUACACACAUCAACACUGUCAACUAUUUACCA